AUGACUUUGAUUGAUUUAUUAUCAACAUUAAAAGAUAAUCCGUAUUUUGGUGCUGGUGCGGGCCUUAUUGGUAUCGGUACACUUUUAGCUGUGGCCCGACGUGGUUCUCAAUUAGGUUUAGUUGCAUUUCGACGACAAUACAUGAUUACGUUAGAAAUUCCGUCGAGUGAUGAAAGUUAUUCAUGGCUGUUGCAAUGGAUAUCAGUUCAAUUAGCUCAAUCGAGUCGACAUUUGAGUGUAAGAACCCAAUUGGUCAAAAAUGAACAAACAAAUAAAAUACAAGCGACAUAUCAUUUUAUGCCAUCGAUCGGUACACACUACUUUUGGUAUGGACGUAAAUGGAUUAAAGUUGAACGGACAAGGGAACAAAUGAUGAAUUUAUCAACAGGUACACCAUUUGAAAGUGUUCAAUUAACAGCAUUUGGAAAAAAUCGUCAGAUUUAUUUUGACAUGUUGGAACAAGCAAGAGAAGACGUGUUAGAAAAAAAUAUUGGAAAAACACCAGUUUAUGUUCCAAAUACAUCACAAAUAAAACCGUUGUUAAUUAUAGUUAACGAAUGGCGUAUGUUUGGUCAUGCUCGCCGAAAACGCCCAUUAAGUUCUGUUAUAUUGGAUCAGGAUAUAAUGUCGAAAUUAGUCGACGAUGUGAGACAAUUCAUUCAAAAUCCUCAAUGGUACAGUGAUCGAGGUCAUUUUGAUAUGAGUAUAAGUACAUUGAAUUUAAGUGAAGGUACAAUGACGGAUGAUCGUUUACAACAAUUACUAAGUAGAGUACCGGAGCAAACUGUUUUAUUGUUGGAAGAUAUUGAUGCAGCAACAGUUGGACGACAUUAUGAAAAAGAAGAUGUAAUUCGUUAUCAGGGUAUGAAACCAUUAACACUAAGUGGUUUAUUGAAUGCACUCGACGGAGUUAUAUCAUCUGAAGGACGAAUUGUGUUCAUGACAACAAAUUACAUUGAGCGACUUGAUCCAGCAUUAAUUCGUCCGGGUCGUGUUGAUUAUAAACAAUACGUCGGUCAUAUGUCUUUGUAUCAAUUAGAACAAAUGUUUCAUAGAUUUUAUCCACUAGCCACGCAAGUACAACUCGACCAUUUUCUUCAGGUAACGCAAUCGUUAAACAAGCCAAUAAGUGCGGCGCAAAUACAAGGUUUUUUUAUGUAUAAUAAAGACAAUAUUGACGAUGUUAUUAAGAAUAUAGAACAAUUACCAAAUUUGUAA